CGCCAAUGAAAUCGAAACCUCCUAGUAUCUACUUUCAAGUUCCCGCCAUUGUUACCCAAUUGCACAUAUACGCCUGUUAGCCUGUACAUCACUGCACCGUUGACUCUGCGAGACAGAGACCAGCCUCCACCAGACGACGCUGCUGGCCGCCUACCGGCUACCGUGCUCUCCCGGCUGCCCAAACCCGUCAGUCCACCAAACGCCCAGCCUGAUUGCUGGUCAGCCUCCGCCACCCGCUCGCCUGCUGCACUGCCGCACCUACACCGCUACACGUCGUAUAAAUACCCCAAUAUCCGUCACUAUUCAUCAAGUCCAGUCGGAAAUGGAUUUCUUUGCCAAAAAGCUCGGCCUCUCUGAGAACAAGAUGUUCAUCCGUAAAGCUGCCGAGCUCCGACGUCAGGCCGAUAUCCAAUUUGAUUCAUCCGUUAUCGGCGUUGGUGAAGUAUGCAAAGCCAUCAUCUGCCUUGAAAUCGCUGCUUCUGGGAUGGGUGUGAUAUUUGAUCGUCAGGCUGCAAUCAAAUUGAGUGGAAUGACAGAAAAGGCUUACAAUAGAUCAUUCAAUUCAUUGCAGAAUGGCAUUGGAGUCAAGAGUAAGCUUGAUAUUAGUGAAUUGGCUAUUCAGUUUGGGUGCAUUAGGCUGAUACCUAUUGUUCAGAAGGGUCUAGCACUAUACAAAGACCGAUUUGUUACUUCACUGCCGCCUUCGCGUAGGCUAAGUGCAGAUUUCUCUAGGUCUGUCUUUACUGCUGUAGCAUUUUAUUUAAGUGCCAAAAAGCACAAGUUGAAGGUGGACAAGGUUAAGUUAAUUGAGAUCUGUGGUACUUCAGAUUCUGAAUUUGCAAGUGUUUCUACAUCCAUGAAGGACUUGUGCUUUGAUGUUUUUGGGAUAUCAAAGGAAAAGAAAGAUGCCAAGGAAAUCCAAGGCAACCGAGAGCUGCUUGAUGCUUUGCCUGAGAAGAGAAGGAUAGAGGAUGGUGGCUAUUCAUCUGAUGAGGAUCAGUCUUACUACAAGAGGCAAAAACUAAUGCACAAACAAGAAUAUGAGAAUUGGAAAUCUACGGUUGUGAACUCCAACCAUCACUUCAAAUCUAAAGCUCCAUUGAAGCGCACCAAACAAGUCCGGCUAAACUUCCCGAAAAAGGUUUCAGAAUCAGAAGUAGAUGUGGCAUGAUACACAUGCAACAUGUUUGUAAUAAUUGUCGAAUGGUGUUAGCAUUUUACCAUGGCUAGGAACACAGAUCCAAAAAUAUCAAGGAUAAUGAUCUCCCUGAAUUAUUGUUAGUUGACAUCUGAGGUGGGGCUGAAAAUGCUUACUGGUUUUACUGUCUACACAGCAGCAGUUUCAUUUUUGGUAUGUAUGAGUAUAUUACUGAGUAUGAUUCAUGCUCAAGGUACUAAAAAAAGGACAAGAAAAUGUGUUGUUUUUCUGAAUAAUUCAUGAAAGAAUAGAAUAACUAAGAUGCUUAGAUUCAGAUUGUGUACACCCCUGUCAAGAGCAUCCUUCAGAGCAGCCUGAGUUUCUGCAUUAUUAUAUUGUUCCAACAUCAUACUUUGAAGGCCAUUUCCAUCAUUUGCAAUGGAGCCAAAGAUUCACUAUUUUUUGGCUUGAGAAUAUGAUGGAAUAAAGCACAAUGACUCACUAAACUGUCUGCGCUUCUUUAUUGUGAGGCAGCCGUCAAUCCAUGUAUUUUUCGACGCGAUUUCACUAUGGGUCAUUCGGAAACAGUCUCUCUGUGCUUUAGUACAAGGGUAAGACUGCGUACAUCCGACCCUCCUUACCCCACCGUAGGUGGGAGCCUUUGCGGCACUGGGGUAAUGAUGAUGAUGAUGAUCAUACUUUGAAGGCCCUCUCUAUUCAGAGAUUUGCUGAGGAAUAAAUAACAUGGCAUUUGAUCAUCCAAUGAAUGGACUAUAAACUCCCAAUACAUGUUUGGAUACAGUGUCUUUUGCAUUUAUGUUGUAUUUAGAUCUCCAUUAGCAAUUGACUCAAUCUGAGAGUUUCUCCAUUAGCAAUAAUGAUACAAAAAAGCCCUAAUGCCGCAACACCUUAGAAACAGGAUGGACCCUUCACACAAUAUGGCCUUCAUUCAGUCAUUCCAUACUAUUCCUUCUAGUUCUUAAUUCCCACAACUAUCUCGCAAGCAACGCAAGCAACGCAAGCAUUAAGCCAUCAAGAACCCAUGUAAAGGUUAAUCUCACUUUCCCUACUUUGGGAUAGCACAAGCUUUUCAAAGAUACACACAUGAAGAUAAAAAUAUGCAAUGUAUAAGAAUGAUUUUUAAGACUCAAUGAAUCAGAAAAUUACCUCCAGUUCCUUUGAGCAGAUUCAAUAGACUCAACACUAGGUUUGGCAGAUAUGACAAUGAUAAGAUCAUCUAUUGAGAGCUUAUUUCUGAGACCUUUAAUGUUUCUACCAAGUUUCUAGAAGAGCUGAAAGAGAACCUUCCAAUACGUGAUGUAUGUAUUUCUAAGAAGAAAACUGCCUUUAAUUCCUGCAAUAUUGUUUCUGGUCAUGCUUUUAGCAGAUUAAACUCUACAGUGGCUGCCCAAUGAAUUAGUAUAUCACCUUUGUUGUCAGCUUUAACUCUACAGUGAGGUUUCCAUUUAGCACUGUCAAAGGAAGUCAAACAAUAUCUGUGGUGUGAUAGACUAUCACCCAUAAUGAUCUAAAAGCUUGAAUCUUUAAAAGCUUCUAUGAUGCUGAAACAAACAAAAUUUUGUGCUUUCAAGUGAAUUCUCCAAAUCUCUUGAGGGCAGCCCCUGAACCAAUUUCAUAUAGAAGAAUGAGGAAGAUUGUCUUCUUUUCUUGAGCUUAUUUGCUUGAUUCCCAUAUCUUACCUGAGUAUAAUUACGAACAUUAAGCCUAGCAGAGAACUUUCUGUCUUCAUGGAUUCUUCCAAGGGAAAGGUAUAAUAGCUGUCUGAAAUGGCUCAGUAACCUCUUUGCACCAAUCAAAUGCUAAUAAAAUGAAGAAAUAAAUUACGAAGAUGGACACCUCUUUCUGUCUUACGAAGAUAGUUAAAUCUUCCAUUAUAGCUCUAGUCCUUAAAAUGCUAUUAUGUUCAUUCAGAAGCAACAAACCUCUUCGAACUGAUAUGGUAUUGAGCAAGAUCAGCAAAAACCACGCACUGAUUUUGACUGGACUGGAUUGCAGUUGUUGAUGAGCAGAUUGCCGAAGGAAAU